CGGGCGCACGCCUGUCUCUCGCGCCGCGCCCACCCGCCGGGGCCCUGGGACCAUGGAGGACGUGAAGCUGGAGUUUCCUUCGCUCCCACAGUGCAAAGACUACGCCGAGGAGUGGACUUAUCCUAUGAGACGGGAGAUGCAGGAAGUUUUGCCUGGAUUGUUCUUAGGCCCAUACUCUUCUGCUAUGAAAAGCAAGCUACCUAUAUUACAGAAACAUGGGAUAACUCAUAUAAUUUGCAUACGGCAAAAUAUUGAAGCAAACUUCAUUAAACCAAACUUUCAGCAAUUGUUUAGAUACUUAGUUUUGGAUAUUGCAGAUAAUCCAGUUGAAAACAUAAUACGCUUUUUCCCUAUGACUAAAGAGUUUAUUGAUGGAAGCUUACAAAAUGGAGGAAAAGUUCUUGUCCAUGGGAAUGCAGGCAUCUCCAGAAGUGCUGCCUUCGUUAUUGCAUACAUCAUGGAAACAUUUGGGAUGAAGUACAGAGAUGCGUUUGCUUAUGUCCAAGAAAGGAGAUUUUGUAUUAAUCCUAAUGCUGGUUUUGUCCACCAGCUUCAGGAAUAUGAAGCCAUCUACUUAGCAAAAUUAACAAUACAGAUGAUGUCACCACUCCAGAUAGAAAGAUCCUUAACUGUUCAUUCUGGUACCACAGGUAGUUUGAAGAGAACACAUGAAGAAGAGGAUGAUUUUGGAAACAUGCAAGUGGCAACUGCACAGAAUGGCUGACCUCUGAGAACUGUUACAUGGAUAUGAAUUUCUAUUUGAAAAGGAGAAAAUCGUAGUAAUAAUGUAAAGUGGGAAAAACACAAAUAGUUUCUUUUCAAUUAUAUGUUGCUUCCAGACAUGUUUCUCUGCAACUUGUUGAGCAACACUUUAAGAUGGUGGACUUCUACAGUAGAUGGCGCUGAUGGGUAAUGGAUUUACUUAAAAAAAAAAAAAAAAACACUUUAUGGUUUUAUCAUAAACCAAGAAUUUUGGACUUUGCAAAGAGGUAUUAUUGCAAUAAUGCACUUUUCAUACUUGAAGUUUAUUUGUAUGAUAUGAAGUUAUUACUUUAAGCAAAAUGCAAGUUAGGGGGAUUUGUUUAUAAAUUUUGGAUAAUUUAUAACAAAUUUCCUAAUGUUUCCUAAAAACUCAUUUUGUGUCAUAUAUAUUGCACUUAAAGUAAUUUUACAGUUCAGUUUUCUGAUGGAGUCUCUUACCAGAAACAUUAACAAAAUGUAGAACUCUUUCACAUUUUUAAUACAAUUCAGUAACUUAACCAUUUUAUUUUUUUAACUUCUUAGUCCCUUAGUUUUAAAUCAUGACUUUAGCCAACUAUAAUACUUUACUAAUUUAAUCCAAUUAGCACUUCCUUUCCAAUUGCCUUCCUCAUUCUAAACAAAAAAAAGAGUUGUAAUGAUCAAAAAGGUCUCACUUUCUAGAACCAGAUGCUCAAAAAUAAGGAUAGUGUUAUAUUUCCACCUGUCUUUUCUUUUUGCUGUUUGUUUAAGCCAAAUGUUGACUUGGUCUUUUCAGAGUUGCCUGGCCCUUUUUAUCUUAGUCCAGAAUGGUUCAAAGUAGACUCUUUUAAGAAACCAAACCAAUGUAGCACUGUUUCUUCAGUAUGAAACCCCCAACAGAAAAGUGCCUUGUAUCAACCAACAAUUAAAUCCUCAUGACCUCUAAAUUAGUACAUAGAGCAGUGAAAAGCUAUUAACAUUUUCUGUAAUUUUUUUUUUGUUUUUAAACCAUAAAUUAAACUGAAUCUGUGAAGCUUGAAGAAUGUAAAUUUUUUGGAAUAAUAUGAGACAUUUUCUUCAUUUCAUGUUGUCUUGCUUCUGUGAGGUUGUUCAGCUGACAGCUUUGCUUUGAAGAUUCAUUGGAUAAAGUAAUUUUUGGGUGGCUUCAGGGUAUUGUAAAUUACAGUUUUAACUUCUUAAAUUAGUUCAAAUUUAUUCCAUAAUUUGCAUUAGCAAAGUCACUUUAUGGCUCUUUGGUUUUCCAUGUUUUUAUCUAUAUGUACAAAAGUUGUUCUUAAAAAAAAAAAACAAAAAAACAAAAACAAAAAAACUUUGCUAUUUUAAGUGUGAUGUGCAGAAGAGAGGAGUGUUUUUAACUUUUUGUAUUUGAUGACUUUAGGGUAGCACAAACACAGCUCCUUUAUAGUUCACAUUUCUCAAUCCUCUCUCAAGGUGCUUUACUGUUGGGAAUGGUAUCUGUACAUUUCCAGGGUACCAUGAGGGACUGUGUGAGGUAGCAUGUUAUACUCAGUUACUUGCUUUGCCCUCCACCUUAUGGCAUAACAGUAGAGAGAAGGCUCUUUGUCCUGCACAGUGGGAGCCCAAAUAGAAACCAGAAUUACUGUUAAUUCUUCUUUGGACUUCUCAUCCCAUCUCCUACCUUUCCACCCUAAAACUAGCAUUGUGAUCCACUAUUCUAUCAUGUCACUGGUGUGGUGGGCUAGUAAAGAUUACAAAUCCUGUAUACAUUAUCACUGGACAGGUCAACAAAGAUCUCUCUUGGAGUCAACUCAUAGUCUACGAUUAAGUUUCUUUAAAAAUACAUACUCUUUAGGAGUCUAGCCAAAAAUAUAAAGUAGGUUGAUAGUCAUUUAUAGCUGGUAAUUUUCCAUUUUUCUAACCAGUCUUUUUAUGUUCUCACGUAAAGUGCCUACCCAGCAUGAUAUACUGGAGACAGUCUCGGACACUAGGGACUGCCAUCAUGUUGAGCACAGUUGAUGUGAACAGAUAAGGUUUAAGGUUUGUUCUUUCAUAAGAAGCCUGCAAGUUGUUUUUUGUUUUUUUUUCCACUGUAUUUACUAAGUAGCUGUCUUAGGUUUCAUUCCCAGUGGUGUUUUUUAUCAGUCAACUAUGAUAAACUUAACCAAUCAUGUCUUAUUCUCUAAGGAAAUGGAAUGAUGUAUGAAUAUCCACCCAGCUUCAACAUUAAAUAUGUAAUCUGGGUUCAGAAUUAAAAGUAAGUUUUUAUCAAAACAUAGGGAACUUCAUUACUUCACAUUUUGAAAGUUUUGAGACAGAUACUGAAAAUCUUGGGGGGUCGUCUCUUAGUUUAACUGGUUCAUGUUAAUUUCUUGUCUAUUAGGUGUUGACUUGUACCAACUGUGAUAGGAAUGUUCAAGUGUGAUGACUUUGCUACCAACUUUUCAACCACUUGUAGAGCAGAAUAUUCAUUUGCAGGGUGUGGGGUUGUGCUUAAUCUGAGUCUAGAAGUUAUGUCAGAAAAUGCUAAGCAUGUCCUUUGUAAGAAAACAUAAAGUUCCUAAAUGUUUAAUUACUAUGGUAAUUCAGAUUAAUUACAAGUAUUUAAGUGCAAUCUUGAAUUAUGAAGUUGAGAUGUAUAUAUUAGGAUCUCAACUUGAUGUAAAGUAAAUGAGCAGUUACCUGACGGAAUUUUUUUUUAAAUAACUGGUUUAAUCUAUAAUCCUAAAGCAUAGCUUCACUUCAGUAUUUACGUUAUCUUUGUCCAUUCAACAACACUCCAAUAAGGAAAUGAUAGGAAAUAGCAGAGACUUUCUCAAGGAUUUUAUUUAUUUUUUUAAUUAGGAAAAUAAGUUUCUAGAGUCUUGAGUGCUGGAUAUUUUUUGUCUUUCCCAUUCAUGGCAGCUAACAAAAAAAAAAAAAA